AAGGAGGCGGGGCCGUGGCGGCGCGCGCUCCCGGGACGCGCGCGGCGCAGGCGGCGCGGAUCGCAGGGAGCCGGUCCGGGGCCGGAGCGGGGUCCCUGGUGUGCGUGCGGAACGGGGCUCCCGGGAGACGGUCGCGAUGAACACGGUGCUGUCGCGGGCGAACUCGCUGUUCGCCUUCUCGCUGAGCGUGAUGGCGGCGCUCACCUUCGGCUGCUUCAUCACCACUGCCUUCAAAGACAGGAGCGUCCCGGUGCGGCUGCACGUCUCGCGGAUCAUGCUAAAAAAUGUAGAAGACUUCACUGGACCUAGAGAAAGAAGUGAUCUGGGAUUCAUUACAUUUGAUAUAACUGCUGAUCUAGAGAAUAUAUUUGAUUGGAAUGUUAAGCAAUUGUUUCUUUAUUUAUCAGCAGAAUAUUCAACUAAAAAUAAUGCUCUGAACCAAGUUGUCCUUUGGGACAAGAUUGUUCUGCGAGGUGAUAAUCCAAAGCUGCUGUUGAAAGAUAUGAAAACAAAAUAUUUUUUCUUUGACGAUGGAAAUGGCCUCAAGGGAAACAGGAAUGUCACUUUAACCCUCUCUUGGAACGUUGUACCAAAUGCUGGAAUUCUACCUCUUGUGACAGGAUCAGGUCACGUAUCUGUCCCAUUUCCAGAUACAUAUGAAAUAACGAAGAGUUAUUAAAUUAUUCUGAAUUUGAAACAACAUAUUUUUAUACUUAAUGAGUCAUAUCUUGUUUUUCUCUUCCCUUGCAUCUUCAUUUGGUUGUUCCUUUUCUUUUUUUACGGGGGGUGGUUUAAGAACUAACAUCAAAGGCGUAGUUGAAGGGGAAAGGUUAAUGUGCUACUUAAUUUUACAAGCAAAACACACACAAAAAAGGCCACCAGAAUAUUAUAAAAAUAUGAAAACAAGACAACUACACAAUAAAGAUUUGUAAAAAAUUUAUGUUUGAGGUAUUCCCUGUAUGUCCAUGGUUCCUUACGGAAUAUACAGUGAGCAUGAAGGGUAGUUAAGACUUUUAGGUGCCUGUGGAGUUAGAAGAACUGUAUUUUAUGCCUCGCAUUCAUGCAGGUUCACAUUGGAUGUGAUGCAGAAGUGGACAUUCUCUUUUUAGGGUGUGUUGCAUUGCCAGAAAAAUUAAAAUGGUUAUUUGUAAGACACCUGGUUUACAAAAUAGCCAGAAGUGAUGGAGUUGUAUUCCGUUUGUCUCUGGAAUGCCCCAUAUGCUUGUUUUCCUUACAGGUGACUAGCAACUUUCUCCACUUAAAGACUAAAUACCUCUUUAUAUGCUGUAAAUCAUUCUAACUCAUUUUAAAGUCUCUUAAGUCAACCAAAUAUGUGUGUCUCAGUGCUUUCUCUAAAAAUGUUCCUUUGUAUUAUAUCUUUGUGUGAAUUUUUAGCAUUGCCAUUGAAAGUUGAAAAUGUUUGCAUGGUUUACCUUCUGAGUUAUGUUUGUUCUUGUGAGCAUGCCUAGUGCCAUGAGUGGUAGUUAUUUAAAAGUUUCUAGGUCCACAUUUUAAUAAUUAUUGGGGUAAUAAUAUUUGUUGGUGCGCUUUUCCACUUAGAAGCACUCUCCUGUAUUUUUACUGUGUGUUAUCCUCGAUGAUCUAACGAGGUAAGUAGUACAGAUGUUAGCUCUUUGCAGAUGAAGAAACUGAAACCCGGAAGUUUAUUGAAUCGCUUUGAGGAUUCAUACCUAGCAAGGAAGAUAGUUAAAACUUCAGUCAUUCUGUAAGCGUAUCCUUUCUCCUGUAGCUCAGAGUAUAGACCAAUCAAAAUUCACUUACAAUUUUCAUUAUGUUUUAUGUUACCCUGGACACCCUCAAGCUGCCAACAACUUAUGUAGAGAUAAUACCUCAUUUCAUUCUCUGCAUAAAUUAAUAUUACAUAUGUUAAAAGUAGAAGAAUCCAGAUGUAUGUAGAAAUGAUUUAGAAAUUAAAUGCAGAAUAAUACAUGGUUGAAUAUAUGAUCAUAUUGAAUGUGAUUUUUUCCUACCCUGAGCAAAUAAACAUGCUCAAGGAAGCAACUACAAAUCAAUUACCCUUAAAAGCAAGACCAAACACUGUAGUUACACUAUCAGCAGUAACCAAAAAGGGCUAAUGUUUCCUAAGAAUGGGUUUCAAUUAACAGUUGUUGUAUUUACCUCAUCGGAAAUACAUCAUUUAAUUAACGGUGGUUUUUACAGCUGUUGUAUGUAAGAGCAUGUGUUCCUGUCAAAAGUCAAAGCUGUUGUAUCAUGAAUACCAGACUGGGUUUGGCUCCCAGCUUUUUCAUUAAAAUGUUCAGGGUCUCGGUUUCUUUAUCUAAAAUGACAGAGUUGGACUCACUAACUUAAAUAGUGGUUCUUUUAUAUACCACACAAGUCUAUAAAAUUUGUGCUAUCUGUUCAGCAGAGAGAUUGAACAGAAAGCAUCUUAGUAACGUGAAGGCAAGAAGAUGACCGGGAAGACUAACCCAUAACUGUUCUGUGCUGAUCGGACUAUAUUUCUGUUAGAUUUUUAUGCCCAGAACAUUUAACCUCCUAGGUACAAAUAAAACACAUGGAAAUGUA